AUGGGAACCUGCUUCUCUUCGUCAUCAUCAUCACGCACAAGGAUGGAAGAUUAUUACUAUUACCCUGCGUUAUACGAUUACGACAAAGGUUACACACCCUAUGCGAGAAAUCCCCAUCUCCAAGAAGCUCUGUCUUCUUCCUUGGUCUCUUCAACAGCCGAGACUAACCAUUAUCCCCAACUCCAUAGACAUAUGGCCUCGCCUAUUAAGCAGAAAGAACCAGAGAAAAAAACUGAGAACAAACCCGCCGAACCAUCUAGAUGGUUAUGUAUGAUUUGCAUGGAUGAAAAAUCCCCCUCCGACAUCUUCCGAGGAACCACUAGUUGCACUCAUUACUAUUGCACCGAGUGUACCGUGCGUUACGUGACGACCAAGAUAGAAGGAAACAUAGCCAUGAUCAAGUGCCCUGACGUGGACUGCACGCGACUUCUAGAGCCAUACACGUGUCGAGAUAUAAUCCCAGGGGACUUGUUCGAGCGUUGGGACAAAGCCUUGUGUGAGUCUUUGAUUGUGUCGUCGGAGAAAGUGUACUGUCCGUUUGAAGACUGCUCAGCGAUGAUGGUGGUGGAUGAUGAUGAUGAUCAAGGUGAUGAAGUGACGGGGACAGAGUGUCCGUCUUGUCACCGACUGUUCUGCGCUCGGUGUAAGGUUACAUGGCACGCGGGGAUUGGUUGCGAGGAGUUUCAGAGAAGUGGGAACACGAGGAAGAAGAAUAAGCGUAGCGAUGAAGAAGAUGCUAUGUUGAUUCAAAUGGCUAAUAAGAAGCACUGGAGGAGGUGUCCUAGUUGCAAAUUCUACGUUGAGAAGAUCGAUGGUUGUGUGCAUAUGAGUUGCUGGUGUGGAUUUAAGUUUUGCUAUAGUUGUGGCGCAACGUCGAGUUAUAGUCACGCAUGCCACAUUCGUAGUCUUAUUUUAAAAUACUAG